UAUCUGAUAUGCAGGAUGGUCUUAGGCGACCCCUGUGAAAGGGUCGUUCGACCGCCAAAGGGGUCGCGACCCACAGGUUAGGAACCACCGCUCUAGAUUAAGUGAGGCACUUAGAACAGCGCCUGACACACAGUAGGUGCUUUAUACAUGUCAGCCGCUCUUCUUCUAAGCCUUUCCCGCCUUUGACUUUCAGAAGCUCACCCACCGCCAAGGAGGGGCAGCCUGUGAAGGCCAUGGCGGCGGAGAGGCCCACUUCCUGAGCCAGGAGGGGUGAGGCCCCCGCAGGCCCGAAGAUGGGGAACGUCACUGCGGACACCUCCCGCCCAAACUGUACCAUCGACCACACCAUCCACCAGACGCUGGCCCCCGUGGUCUACGUCACCGUGCUGGUGGUGGGCUUCCCGGCCAACUGCCUGUCCCUCUACUUCGGCUACCUGCAGAUCAAGGCGCGGAACGAGCUGGGCGUGUACCUAUUCAACCUGACCGUGGCCGACCUCUUCUACAUCUGCUCGCUGCCCUUCUGGCUGCAGUACGUGCUGCAGCACGACAACUGGUCGUACGGCGACCUGUCCUGCCAGGUGUGCGGCAUCCUCCUCUACGAGAACAUCUACAUCAGCGUGGGCUUCCUCUGCUGCAUCUCCAUCGACCGCUACCUGGCCGUGGCCCAUCCCUUCCGCUUCCACCAGUUCCGCACCCUGAAGGCGGCCGUGGGCGUCAGCGUGGUCAUCUGGGCCAAGGAGCUGCUGGCCAGCGUGUACUUCCUCCUGCACACGGAGGUGGUGGAGGACGAGGACCAGCACCGUGUCUGCUUCGAGCACUACCCGCUGGAGCCCUGGCAGCGCAACAUCAACUACUACCGCUUCCUGGUGGGCUUCCUCUUCCCGCUCUGCCUGCUGCUGGCCGCCUACCGGGGCAUCCUGCGGGCCGUGCGCCGCAGCCACGGCACCCAGCAGAGCCGCAAGGACCAGAUCCAGCGGCUGGUGCUCAGCACCGUGGUCAUCUUCCUGGCCUGCUUCCUGCCCUACCACGUGCUGCUGCUCGUGCGCAGCCUCUGGGAGUCCAGCUGCCAGUUCGCCCAGAGCGCCUUCAACGCCUACCACUUCUCCCUGCUGCUCACCACCUUCAACUGCGUGGCCGACCCCGUGCUGUACUGCUUCGUCAGCGAGACCACCCACCGGGACAUGGCCCGCCUGCGCGCCGCCUGCCGCGCCCUCCUCACCUGCUCCAGGACCCGCGGGCCCCGGGAGGCCUACCCGCUGGGCACCCCCGAGGCCUCUGGGGUGAAAAGCGAGGAGCCCGAGUUGUUACGGAAGCUCCAGUCGACCUUCCAGACCCCUAACUCGCCGAAAGGGGAGGGGUUGCCCCCCGCCGGGCUGGCCUAGCCAGAGGCACCCAUGUGUGGGGUGAAGUGAGGUCUGAGCUUGCUGGCCGGCUGGCGACGCUUUGCCAAGCGCAGGCGCCUCUUUCUGCUGGAGCAAGGCCUCUCUGUUCCAGGGAGCGUGCAUUGCUGAGCCCAAUGGGGUGAGCCCCGGCAGUCCUGUCUUCUGUUGCAGGCGGGGCUGCUGGCGGGAGGAAGACGGUGAACUGUCACCUGCAGGAGGUUUUCAAAGGGAAGCAGGGGUGGGGGAGUGCAGGGUGAGAGGAUGUGCAUAGAGGGGCGUUGGGAGAGGAGGGUGGGGACUGGGUGUGCGCCGGCCAGGGCCUUCCAGUGCCGUUGCUGCCAUGAGGACUCCUGUCCAAACGAACGGUGUCAUCCAAGGAGGUGAGCAAAGCUGCAUUGUCAUCAUGAACACUAGCCCCACCCACAAGGGGCUCGGAAGGAGGAGGAGCAGGGCCAGGAGGCUGGAGGGGAGCAGGAAUGUGGGGAAGCAUCUGGGGUGCUGGUAGUGUGCGCGGGGGACAGUGCGGGAGUGGCACGCAGAGCGGAGACCCCAGCACACCGUUGAGUCGGGAGAGCCUAGCAGGUCUCCCAAGCUCCAGGGCUGAUGGAAAACAGGACUUGGGGCUCCCAGGCCGAUGUCUGUGGUCCUUUAAACAGUCAGCUCUGAAGCACAGGUGUCAGGACAGAGGCCUAAAGCCCAGGCGUCUAAUCACGUUCCCCACACGGAUUCCUCCGCUUCAGUGUUGCUUCCAUCUGCCCGGGAGCACCAGCCCUGGGUGUGUGUGUGUGUGUGUCUAUGUUUAAAAUGCCAGGGUCUCCAUGACAGCUGUGUGCCAAGACCCUGAGGCUAGGGUCACGUGACUACUGGCAGUGUCCCCCACGCCCACCCCGGCCUCUGCCUCCGCCCCUUGCCGCACCCACAAGGGAAUGUCUAAUUCUCAGAUGCAACAAAACAAAACAGAUGCAUUCUCUGGCAUCUCUCAGUCUCUGUAACGGAGAGAGGAGGUGUCCCUGGGCUCCCCUCGCCCCCUUUGUUCUCCACGGCUCGGCCAGAUCGCCCACCUCAGCCACCUGGAGCGUGAGAGUGGGCCCGUGGGCCACAUGUCGCCCAGGGUGCUGACCGCCACCUUCCGUCCUGUCCUGGAAGGCUCAGCGCCCCUGCAGCUCUGCCAGGCAUGUCGAGCCCCUGCCCUGGCAGUCAUACCAAGAACAGAAGAGCUUACUCCUGCUCCAGGGACCUGCCCACUUUAACAGACAUGCUAGCCCUUCAGGUGGCCUGGUCGGUGGCUGGGGCCAGCUCUCACGUCCCUGGGAUUUGAGUCCCUCACACACAAGGGGACAGGUGGGCUCAAGUCUGGGGAGGGACUAGGGAUGGGGAGAUGGAAGCUGGUGCCACUAGAACAACUAUGGAAUCUGCUAAAGGCAGGGCCAGGAAGAACGUCUUCGAUCUUUCUCCCCCCAUCCCCUCCCCUCUAUUUGCCAAGGAUGCCCAAAGGCAGGUAGCCCAAGUGGGAUUGCCCUAGGGAAGUGGGGUCCCAGGGCUACACUUGGCUUUGACUGGGCAGCACCUGCCCCAGCUCCUUAUGGAGGGUUCUCUUCCCCUUCCUGAAGGUCUGAAGGUGGCUGAAAUGGCCACACAACCGAGAAAAGCCCGCCCGCCCCAGCCUGGGAUCCUACUGGGGCCAUGGCACCGGCUGAGUCCUCCAUGCCUCCUCAUUCCAUAGUUUGACCUUAAACACCAGUGUUCCCACCAGGAUGGACUGGGGAGAGCUGAGGGCGAUUCUGUUUACUAUCAAGAAUUGUGUUUUCGUAUCGUCCUCUCUUUUAUGCCAAGUAUGUGUGUGUGUUGGGCUGCGCAAUUGAUUUAUGUAGCAAAUGUGAGUCUGCAAAUAAAACAGAAUAACCAGCCCCA